AUGCAUGAGUCUGGAAGUUUUGCAGCAUCACGUUCUAGACGUGAGAAGAAGUCUAGAAGAGGCCAGCAAGAAGCACUGGAACGUCUGAAAAAAGCCAAAGCUGGUGAAAAAAUAAAAUAUGAGGUUGAGGAGUUUACAAGUGUCUAUGAUGAAGUAGAUGAGGAAGAAUACUCCAAGAUGGUCAGAGAACGUCAGGAUGAUGACUGGAUUGUUGAUGAUGAUGGGGUAGGUUAUGUAGAAGAUGGAAGGGAAAUCUUUGAUGAAGAACUGGAUGAUGAUGCUCUUGGUUCCAGUAAGAAAGGAAAAGGUGGCAGAACAUCUAUGGGUGAUAAAAAGAACAUGAAAAAAUCUGUAGUGUCAAAGCCAAACACAAUUAAGUCUAUGUUUAUAGCCAGCGCUGGGAAGAAAAACACAGAUAAAACUGUGGACCUGUCGAAGGAUGAUUUACUAGGGGAUAUUCUUCAAGAUCUUAAUGCUGAAACUGUUCCGAUAAGUCCACCACCAAUUAUAAUGCUGAAAAGGAAGAGAUCUACUGGAGUACCACUGAAUCCUUUCUCUGUUCAGUCCCAAACUCCUAAGGUAAUCACCCCUAUAUCAAAGAAAGCUCCUGCUCAUCUCAGGAAGGAAGCUCUUCCUCCAGCUUCAUUUCGUCCUAAACAUCCCAAUUACACAGCAAAAUCUGUCAUAGUCUCUGAAAAUGAGGAUACCAAGAAUGUGCAAAAAGCUAUGGAAAAUGGGGAAAUAGUGAAGACAACAGAAGAGAAAGCUGUUGAAGAUGAUGAUCAGGGAAUGAUGGAUUUUGAUGACGAGGACUUUGAUGAACCUAUGGAAGCAGAGCAUGUGGAGACUAUACCUGAGACAGCUAAAAGCUUGAAGGGAGACAAGGAAAUUGAAAAGAAAGAGACAUCUGUCCUGAGUUGUUCUCUCCCAGAUAUCUCAUGUUGGGACAGAACUGAUGAGGAUGAAGCUGAUCUAGUAGUGGCAGAAGUUCAACUGGACCCCAAUCUCCUUCCUCUUGUGAAUGGGGAAGAUGAUGAUCAAGUCUUAAGAUUUUAUUGGCUGGAUGCUUAUGAAGAUCAAUACAAUCAGCCAGGUGUGGUAUUCUUGUUUGGCAAAGUUUGGAUUGAAUCUGCAAACACCUAUGUCAGCUGUUGUGUGACAGUGAAAAAUAUUGAGAGAACUGUUUACCUCCUGCCACGUGAAACAGAAAUUGACCUAUCCACUGGCAAAGAGACGGAGACACCAGUAACUAUAAUGAGUGUUUUCAAGGAAUUUAAUGACUGCAUUUCACCAAAGUAUAAGAUCAUGAAGUUCAAAUCCAAGAAAGUGGAAAAAUAUUAUGCUUUUGAGAUGCCGGAUAUUCCAGCAAAAUCUGAAUACUUAGAAGUUAAAUAUUCGGCUGAAUGUCCUCGACUUCCCCAAGACCUGAAAGGACAAACAUUUUCACAUGUGUUUGGAACGAACACCUCUAGCCUGGAACUUCUCUUGCUGAAUAGGAAGAUCAAAGGACCGUGCUGGCUGGAAAUAAAAAAUCCACAGCCUUCAAAUCAGUCAGUCAGCUGGUGUAAGGUGGAGGCUGUGGCCAUGAAGCCUGGCUUGGUGAACGUGGUGAAAGAUCUUUCUCCUCCUCCCCCUGUCGUGGUCAUGUCCCUCAGCAUGAAGACUACUCAGAACCCAAAGACUCACCAGAAUGAGAUUGUGGCUAUUGCAGCUCUGGUUCAUCAAAAAUUUCCUUUGGAUAAGGCUCCACCUCAGCCUCCUUUUCAGACACACUUCUGUGCUGUUUCCAAACCGAACGAUUGCAUUUUUCCUUAUGACUUCAAAGAAACUAUCAAAAAGAAGAAUGCUAAAAUAGAAAUUGCUGCAACAGAGAGAACACUGCUGGGAUUUUUCCUUGCGAAGAUUCACAAAAUUGACCCAGAUGUUGUUGUGGGUCAUAAUAUUUAUGGAUUUGAUCUGGAAGUGCUGCUUCAAAGAAUUAAUGUGUGCAAAGUCCCUCACUGGUCCAAGAUAGGUCGACUGAGGAGGUCCAAUAUGCCAAAGCUUGGGGGUCGAGGAGGGUUUGCUGAAAGGAAUGCUGCCUGCGGUCGAAUGAUCUGUGAUGUAGAAAUUUCUGCUAAGGAACUAAUUCGUUGCAAAAGUUACCAUUUGUCUGAACUGGUUCGUCAGAUUUUGAAAACAGAGAGGAUAACAAUUCUACCAGAGGAAAUUCGAAAUAUGUACAGUGAUUCUCCUCACUUAAUGUUCAUGCUGGAAAACACCUGGACAGAUGCCAAGUUCAUUCUCCAGAUCAUGUGUGAGCUGAAUGUUCUGCCACUGGCACUUCAAAUAACAAACAUCUCUGGGAAUGUCAUGUCGAGGACAAUGAUGGGCGGACGGUCUGAACGUAACGAGUUCUUGCUGCUUCACGCAUUUCAUGAAAAAGACUACAUAGUGCCGGACAAACAAGUUUUCAAAAAGCCUCCGCAGAAGCUGGUGGAUGAAGAUGAAGAUUUUGAAGAUCAGAAUAAAUCAAAGAUAGGGAAAAAGAAAGCAGCAUAUGCUGGGGGCUUAGUCUUGGAUCCCAAAGUCGGUUUUUAUGACAAGUUUAUUUUGCUUCUCGACUUCAACAGCUUGUACCCAUCGAUUAUCCAGGAGUUUAACAUCUGCUUUACCACAGUACAGCGACUGUCAUCAGAAGCACACAAAAGGGCAGAGGUUGAAGAAGAGGAAGAAAUUCCAGAGCUUCCGGACCCAUCUCUGGAAAUGGGAGUUUUGCCUAAAGAAAUCAGGAAACUGGUGGAGAGAAGGCGCCAAGUUAAGCAGUUAAUGAAACAGCCAGAUUUAAAUCCUGACCUUUAUUUACAGUAUGAUAUCAGACAGAAAGCCUUGAAACUCACUGCUAACAGUAUGUAUGGCUGCCUGGGAUUUUCCUACAGCAGAUUCUAUGCCAAACCUUUGGCUGCUUUGGUAACGCAUAAAGGGAGAGAGAUUUUGAUGCAUACCAAGGAGAUGGUGCAAAAGAUGAACCUUGAAGUGAUUUAUGGAGACACAGAUUCCAUUAUGAUAAACACUAAUAGCACCAAUUUGGAUGAGGUCUUCAAGCUGGGGAACAAGAUCAAAAGUGAAGUGAACAAGCUCUAUAAAUUGUUGGAAAUCGAUAUUGAUGGAGUCUUUAAGUCCUUGCUACUGUUAAAGAAGAAGAAAUAUGCUGCUCUGACUGUGGAACCAACAGGAGAUGGGAAAUAUGUAACUAAACAAGAACUGAAAGGAUUGGAUAUAGUCCGAAGAGACUGGUGUGAUCUUGCAAAAGAGACUGGCAACUAUAUAAUUGGCCAAAUUCUCUCUGAUCAGCCCCGAGACAUAAUUGUGGAAAAUAUUCAAAGGCGGCUUAUAGAAAUUGGAGAAAACGUGAUAAAUGGCCAGAUCCCAGUAAAUAAGUUUGAAAUAAACAAGGCAUUGACAAAAGAUCCACAGGAUUAUCCUGACAAAAAAAGCUUGCCACAUGUGCAUGUUGCCAUGUGGAUAAACUCUCAAGGAGGCCGAAAGGUGAAGGCAGGAGACACAGUGUCAUAUAUCAUUUGUCAGGAUGGAUCAGAUCUCAGUGCCAGCCAGCGAGCAUAUGCUCCAGAACAGUUGCAAAAGCAAGACAGUCUUACUAUUGAUACUCAGUACUACCUGUCACAGCAAAUACAUCCAGUAGUUGCUAGAAUAUGUGAGCCCAUAGAGGGAAUUGAUUCUGUUCUUAUUGCAACGUGGUUAG